CUCUAAACUUCUUCUCAGACACAGUUGCCUGAGUAAGCAGCACAGGGGAACGCGCAGUUGUUUGCUGGAGCCCCAGCUGUAGCGCAGGGACAAAACCGAGCAGGUUGGCAGUAGAAAGCGGAAAAUUAGUGCCCUGCGCGGAGAUGUGGGGACUCGGGAGAUCGCGUCAUUGUGCUGGACAUUAAGACAAAAGGAAGAAGUUAUGCCCUCGUUCCUAUCGACGUGACCCUGUCUCUAUUGCUAUUACGAUAUUGCCUGUUGACUUGUUUGUUACGGCUGUGCAAAAGAACCGCUCGGCCCCAUGACAGCUCUCCAGGCAUAAUCCUUGCACUAGCCACACAACUUUACUUGCUCUUUGGCACCAUGGAUUGUCCAGGCUGGCUACUGCUGCUGCUACUGCUACUGGGAUCAGUCUCACUCACUGCAGGGCUCAACAGCAUGGGCAGAAUUGGGUCCCAACGUGAAAAGGCAUGCAGUCCUCGAAUGGGAAAUCUAGCUAUUGGUCGACGUUUAUGGACAGAGACAACCUGUGGUCACAAUAACACUGAACUCUACUGCACAUACCGAGAGUAUAUUGAGCAGACUUGUACCGAGCCAAAAUGUGACAAAUGUAAUGCUGCACUGCCACAGCUCUCUCACCCUCCUUCAGCAAUGGCAGACUCCUCCUUCAAAAUUCCACGAACUUGGUGGCAAUCAGCAAGGGAUACUCAACGGGAGGUCAUAAGAAUGGAUUUGGAAACAGAGUUUUAUUUUACUCAUUUAAUUAUGGUGUUCAAAUCUCCCAGACCAGCGGCAAUGAUUUUGGAGAGGUCACAAGAUUUUGGUGUCACGUGGACUCCUUACAAAUAUUUCUCAGUAAACUGUUCUGCAACAUUUGCUAUGGAGGACGAUAUCCAAGAGAAAGAGGCACUUUGUACUUCACGUUACUCCCAGGCACUUCCUUGUACUGGAGGAGAGGUUAUAUAUCGUACUAUGUCACCUCCAUAUUCGGCUGAGGACCCUUACAGCAAGGAGGCUCAAGAUCAGCUGAAAAUCACUAACCUUCGAGUGCAACUGCUGAAGCAACAACCAUGUCCAUGCCAGGAGAAGACCCCUGACAUUAAACCUCAAUAUUUCACACACUAUGCUGUCUACGAUUUUAUUGUAAAGGGCAGCUGCUUUUGCAAUGGACAUGCAGAUCACUGUAUUGCUGCAGAAGGGUUUCGGCAAGUAAGAACAACUAGCAAAAUACAGGUGGUCCAUGGAAGGUGCAUCUGCAAGCACAACACUGCAGGUCUCCACUGUGAACACUGUGCACCUCUUUACAAUGAUCAACCAUGGCAAGCUGCAAAUGGUAAAACUGGAGAACCUAACCCCUGCAAAAAGUGUAAAUGCAAUGGACAUGCAGACAGUUGCCACUUUGAUAUGGCUGUAUGGUUGGGUUCAGGAAAUCUAACCGGGGGAGUGUGUGAUAACUGUCAACACAAUACUGAAGGAUUACAAUGCCAGAGAUGUAAACCUGGAUUCUUCCGUGACCUUAAGAUUCCAUUCUCAGCACCAGAUGCCUGCAAAGCAUGUUCUUGCCAUCCCGUUGGAUCAGCUGUACUUCCCUUUGGUAACAUCACAUUAUGUGAUCCCACAAAUGGAGACUGCCCGUGCAAGCCGGGGGUAACUGGUCCUCAUUGUGAUCAAUGCAUGGUUGGCUACUGGGGAUUUGGAGAGUAUGGUUGCAGGCCAUGUGACUGUGCAGGCAGUUGUGAUCCACUUACUGGGGAUUGUAUCACCAAUAUGGAUAUCGACUGGUAUCGUGAAUUUCCUGAACUAAAGUCUGUGUAUAAUGAGAGUCAGCUAUCCAGAACCUGGGAAGAUGAACAAGGAUUUUCAGCUCUCCGCCAUUCAGGGAAAUGUGAGUGCAAGGAGCAAGCAUUGGGAAAGCCUGAAGUGUUUUGUGGCAUGAAAUACUCAUAUGUGUUAAAAGUAAAGAUCUUAUCAGCCCAUGAUAAAGGUUCGCACGCAGAGGUCAACAUUAAGAUUAAAAAGGUGUUGAAAAUGUCAAAGCUCAAGAUUCGUCGUGGAAAGAGAACACUUUAUCCCGAAUCUUGGACUAAUAGAGGGUGUACAUGUCCCAUCUUAAAUCCUGGCCUGGAAUACCUUGUGGCUGGAUAUGAAGACAUACGAACAGGCCGUCUUAUUGUCAAUAUGAAAAGUUUUGUCCAGGUUUGGAAACCAGUUCUUGGAAAGAAGGUUAUGGAGAUACUAAAGCAGGACUGCAAAUGAGAAGAGGAGAUUUUUCACAUGCACAAAAAUGUACUUUAUUGGGCACAGUUGGUAAAGGAUAGAGAGGAAAGCCUGAUGGAGCCUGAUGGUUCCUUGUUGAUUCCCGUGUACAGUGUUUGGUGGAGAAUAUUAUUCAGAUGGACGUUCACCAGUUCAUCCUAUUCUGGUUCCUUCCUUUUUGAAAACAUCUGGAAAUAUAAAAUUCAGUGAAUGUUCUAUGGUGACAAUGUGAAGAUAUAGACUGCAUUAUGAUCUAGUGAUGGCUCGAUUGGUUCCUACUCCCCAGGCAAUGCUAUAAAUAAAUUAUUUUUAUACAUUGAAGGUACAGUCCAAAAACUACAAUACCUUAUAUCCUUGAAGUGUUUUAAGUGUCGUCCUUUAAAUAUAAAUAUUUACAUGGUAAAAUGCACUUUACAGUCUUCUAAAUGAAUUUGUGUAACUUUUUUGCCUUUACAUGCCGCAAACAUGGCAUUGAAGUGUUCCAACCAUGAUCGUAUGCCACAUUCACGCUCUGUAAAAUGGUCUUGUUUGUUUUGUAUUCUGUAUUUUUUGAAAGCUUAAUUUAUAUUGAAACAUAUUUCCAUGAAAAAAUAAAUUGCUAUUGUUUCUGUUUUGCA